UCAGAAGAGUGUCACUGCAACUUUUCAGCCAGUAGCAGGAAUCUACUGUAAUUCCCACUGUGAGAGAAAAAGGCGUUUUCUGAAGAUGUUCAAAUAUAAAGUGACCAUCGACACUCGCAGUAAUUUCAAUUCCACUACUUGCAACAUGGUGUGCAUCAAACUAGUGGGAGAGCAGGGAGAGAGUGUCCGCACCAACCUAAAGGGCAUGACGCCCUUCGUCAAAGGAGCAUCCAGUUUCUAUGUCCACACUGACGCUGACAUUGGUAAAGUCGUAAUGAUUGAGCUGGACAAACAGGCAAGCCUUCUCUCGGUAGCCGAAUCUUGGUUUGUGGAUAAAGUCACUGUGAGGAGUCCGGAUAAGAAGGUCGACUACAUCUUUCCAGUUUACCGCUGGAUCAAGGACAUCAACGUGCACCGCUUCAGAGAGGGCACAGCUCUGAGAGAAAUGGACGACACUCACCAUCUUGGUAGCUAUAGUCGUGAACAGGAGCUGACUAGAAGAAGGGAAGAUUACAGUUGGCAUAAUUACGCUGAUGGACUGCCCCACUGCAUGAAAACAGCAGGUGUCCACACUCUCCCGCCUGAGGUCGAGUUCUCCUUCACAAAGACCAAAGAGUUUGCAUUCAAGGCUGCCACUGGGAUAACAGAGUUGAGCCUAAUGGGACUGGACAGUAAAAGCACCCCGUGGAAAAAAUUUGAGGACAUUGAGAAAGUCUUGAGCAACAAGAAGACACGCAUAUCAGAGUAUGUGAAGAAGCACUGGAGAGAAGAUGCUUUCUUUGGAUACCAGUACCUGAAUGGAAACAACCCCAUUCUGAUUCGACGCUGCACCGUUCUGCCCACGAACUUCCCCGUCGAUAAAACAGCCUUCGAUGGUGAAAAAAGCCUGAAAAAAGAGAUGAAGGAUGGAAACAUUUACUUGUGUGACUACAAGAACUUGGAUGGAGUAAUUACCAAUGUUAUUGGAGGGAAAAAGCAGCAUUUGGUGGCUCCCCUUGUUCUUCUGCACAAAACUCCUGACAAUGAGCUGAAGCCUAUCGCCAUCCAGCUCAAACAGACUCCAGCAGAAGACAACCCCAUCUUUGUCCCUGCUGACGAAGAGUACGACUGGUUACUGGCCAAGACCUUUGUGAGAAGUGCAGAUUUUAAUGAACAGCAGCUCAAUGCGCACUUCCUGCGCACUCAUCUGCUCGCUGAAGUCUUCUCCGUGUCCCUUUUGAGAAAUAUGCCAAUGGUCCAUCCUCUGUACAAGCUCCUUGUUCCCCACACACGUUACACUCUUCAGAUCAACUUCUUGGCCAAACGCCUGUUCAUAUCAGAGACUGGGACCUUUGCACAAUUUGCGUCAUCUGGCGGAAAGGGUAUGUACACUAUCCUGCAGAGGUCCCUGUCCUCUGUCACCUACCGCUCCCUGUGUAUCCCUGAUGACAUCAAAGACAGAGGAGUGGAGUCUCUGCCCAACUACUACUACAGAGACGACGGACUCAAGCUUUGGGACAUCAUACACAAGUUUGUGAAAGGAGUGCUGAAGUUCUACUACAAGAAAGACAAGGACGUCAAAAAGGACAAAGAACUACAAAAUUGGAUCCAGGACAUUUAUGAACAUGGAUUUCUGUCUCAGUCUAACUCAGGUAUUCCUAAAAGCUUCAGCACUGUGCAGGAGAUGGUCAAGUUUGUCACCAUGGUGAUCUUCACUUGCUCAGCACAACAUGCUGCUGUCAACAGUGGACAGUAUGACUAUGGCGGCUUUAUGCCCAACAACCCCAUGACUCUACAGGAGCCUCCCCCGACCAAGAAGGGCAUUGCCACUGAAGCCUCUCUACUCCAGACUCUGCCCAAUAUCGACACCACUGUCCAGGGCAUGGCAGCGUUGUGGCUACUCAACAAAAGGGCUUCAGACUUUGUCAGGUUGGGGACUUAUCCUGACGUCCAUUUCAUUGAGGACACUCCAAAGUUACUCAUACACACUUUUCAAGAAGAACUGGUUAACUUCAGUGUCGAAAUCAGACAACGCAACAAGAACCUGGACGUCCCAUACACGUACCUGGACCCCGCAGAGGUGGAGAACAGCGUGGCUAUUUAAUCUGCUGCAUUUUAAAUGCAAAUGUGUAUAUUUACGGUUUUAUGUACUAAUCAAAUCAUAUAUAUAAAUCAAUGUUAAUUUGAAAAGAAAGUUAAUGUUCAUCAUAAAAUAUUUGCUUCUAAAAUAACAUCUCUCCUAAACCACUGAAAUGUAAAUUCAUCCCAUAACAAUCAGGUCAAAGGUAGAAGUUACUGAAUCCAGCGAUACUUCAUCUGUAGUCAGGAUUGGUCAGAUUUAGUAUAUCUGUGGGUAUCGUGCUGCGUUCUACUGUGCUCAGGACUCCAGGAAAACCGACUAGGAGCUAACGAUACCUGACGUUAUCUACAUAAGUUAACAAAAUAAACAUUAACUUUCUCGGGCAUCCAUAUUUGCCCGACUAUUGCAACAGAAUGCAUUUACAACAGAUGUCGGGAGAAAUGAAUCGGAUUUACUCACUACCGACUUUCAAUAGAAUGCAGCAUCAGAGUGAUGAAAAAUUAGGACUGUUGCCAUAGCAAUAAUAAUUCAAUUUAAUCUCUUGAAUGGUGAAUAGUUCUUAUGACAGUAAGUCAGCAAAGCACAUAUAUAUUAUGUCAAAUUUAGUGACAUAGAUUUGAAUAAACCUGAUGAAAUCCAAUACUGAUUUGACUGAAAACACUUAUCGUGUUGA